UUUUUUUCUUGUUUUCAUUUUGAGUUUUGUGACGUUUUUCUCAAAAAAAAAAUUUUUGUUUUUUCGUCAGAUUUUUUUUCUUUUUAAUUCAAAAUUUUCAACAAAAAAAAUGGCAUCAUCAACAGCCCUAGAUUCGUUGGAAACAACAUUAGAAGGUUUAGUGGAAAAUUUUCGUCAACUUGGUAUUAUUGUUAGUGAUUUUCAACCACAAGGACAAACAGCAUUGAAUAAUAAAUUAAAUCAAAUAAUCGGUCUAUUGAAAGAUAUUGAACGUGUUAAAAAUCAGGUUAAUGAUAUUCAAGUUCCAUUGGAUGUUUUUGACUACAUUGAUGAAGGUAGAAAUCCACAUUCAUAUACAAAAGAUUGUAUGGAAAGAUCAUUAGCUAAAAAUGAACUGGUCAAAGGAAAAAUUGAUGAAUAUCGUCGUUUUAAAGCACUGUUAUUGCUAGAAUUAUCACAAGAAUUUCCAAAUGAAAUGUCUAAAUAUCGUGCUGUACGUGGUGAUGAACGUAUGUCAUAGAAUUGAAUUGAUUGUUGGUCGUUGCUGAUAACAUAAAAUAUAAAAUCUUCAUCUUGCAUCAUAAUUCAUCAAAUCAUAUCAUAUUAAUUUCACCAUUUUUUCAAGAUC